AGCUGUUUGUGCAUGUAUAAGAUCUGCAUAGUUACAAAGUUCGUUUACAAUUCUGAAGAGAUCGCUGAUACAAAGACCUAACGUUACCUAAAAUGCCCAAUCAUUUCCAACAUUGCUAGGAAAUUCUCGCUCUUGUGAUUUACAGACUGUAACCCAAUUGGGUGGUGUUUUGCAGAAGAAUUCUGAUUGGCCUGUGACCACACCAGUGCUAGCUGCAAGAAAGAGAGAGAAAAGGAGAGCUCUCAGAGUAAUCAUACAGAAGACCAUACAGAGACAGCAACUUGUGCCUGUGUGCGUGCCGUCUGCCAAAUGCUGGAAAAAGGGGCAGUGAUUGGAUCCAGAAGUAUUUCCAAAAUGCCUGGGUCACAUUGAGAGACUCCUGUCGUGUCAACACUAGUUCCAUCAAGGUCCAUUAGAACCAGGCAGCAUGCAGAACCUCCGACAUGCUGCCUCUGAGGCUUUCCAGCGUCUCGGGUUAAAGCAAAGACAUCUGGGCUAUGAGGAGCUGGGUGAACUGGACGGGGUGGAGAAACCACAGGCGCACUGGUUUCACACGCUACAGGUGCGCCGGCUCAGGGUUCAGAGAGGCCGCAGUAACAGCGAUCCUUUAGGAGGAAAGAGCUUUCAACAGGAGUUUCAGUGGAAAACAGGCCUGGAGUUUGGAAAUGCAACAUCUUACCUUAACCUUGAGAAACUUGGAGAGGGCACAUAUGCCACAGUAUACAAAGGAAUUAGCAGGAUAAAUGGUCACUUGGUGGCUCUGAAGGUGAUUCACAUGAAAACUGAAGAAGGGAUUCCUUUCACAGCCAUUAGAGAAGCCUCCUUGUUAAAAGGUCUGAAGCAUGCUAACAUCGUCCUGCUCCAUGACAUCAUCCACACGAGAGAAUCUCUCACCUUUGUUUUCGAAUAUGUGCAAACAGAUUUGGGCCAGUACAUGACUCAGCAUCCUGGUGGACUGCAUUCAUGCAACGUCAGGCUCUUCAUGUUUCAGUUGUUGCGGGGAUUGUCUUACAUUCACAACAGGAGAAUUUUGCAUCGAGACCUCAAACCUCAGAAUCUGCUCAUCAGCUAUCUGGGAGAACUCAAGCUAGCCGAUUUUGGUCUGGCUCGAUCGAAGUCAAUACCGUGCCAAACGUACUCUGCAGAGGUGGUGACUUUGUGGUAUCGCCCGCCUGAUGUUCUGAUGGGCUCCACUGACUACUCCACUGCCCUGGACAUCUGGGGGGCUGGCUGCAUUUUCAUAGAGAUGCUGCAGGGGUCACCAGCGUUUCCUGGAGUAGCAGAUGUUUUCGAGCAGCUGUUGAAGAUCUGGGCAGUUCUCGGGGUCCCGACCGAGGAGUGCUGGCCAGGUGUCAGUGAUCUGCCAUUCUACAAACCAGAAUGGUCACUACCCUGCAAGCCCCACCAAUUUCGAGAUGUCUGGAAAAGAUUGGCUCAGUUACCUUAUAAGACGGAGGAUCUGGCCCAGCAGAUGCUGACGAUGAAUCCAAAGGACAGGAUUUCGGCCCAUGAUGCAUUGCUGCACCCUUAUUUCAACACUCUUCCACCUCCGUUAAUGCAUCUGAGAGACACUGUGUCCAUCUUUAAAGUGCCCGGCGUGAGAUUAGAGACGGAAGCGAGGGAUAUCUUCAGCCCAAGCAGACGAAAUAAAUCGCCCCUCGCUCCUUUGGCCAAGUGCUGGUGAAACACUGCCCCACCAAUAUUGUAUAUAAAAUAGUUGAUGUAUUUGUGACACUGUAUUGAAGCAUGACAGUCUGUAUUUUGUUUAUUUUGGAGGUGGGAGGACCAUAAAAUCUGUUGGUGAUUGACAAGAUAUAAAACCAAAAUUUUAGUUUUUUUCUGGAUGGUCUGUUUGCUUUAAAGGGAUAGUUCACAGAAAAAAAAUCUCCUGUAUAAAUUUCUUUGUUCUGCUGAAUACAAAUGAAGAUAUUUUAAAAAUUGUUUGUAAUCAAGCAGAUCUGGGGAACCAUUGAUUCAUUGUAGGAACAGGCUUGUGCAGAAUUCAGAAUUGAAUUGAGAAUGACUCCUAAAUUCCAAUUCAAUUCUUGAAUUUGAAUUGAAUUUGAAUUCUUAUACAUAUUAUACAGUAAGUGAAGUGUUAAAAAUGAAGCUUUCAGUAUAUGUCAUAUAUGUUUGCCUUACAUAUUCUAUAAAUAUAUUCGUUUGUACAGAUUAUAUUAACAGGAAAUGUUUUCCCCUAGCAAUUAAUUUUAAAAACUCUAGUCACAUAACAAAUAAUUAAGUUUGAUUUUUUUGCAAUUGUAAUUUUAUGGAACACGAUGUAACAUGACUUCAUUUCUCAGAAUGCUUUAAUUUUACCAAGUAUUUAAAAUGGUUGGCAAACAAUUUUCCAAAGUAACUUUCCUAACACUGAAUGUAUGUGAGAUUCUUUCUGUUGUGUGACUGUGGAAUUUCUUUGAAUUGCCAUGAAUUUAAUUCCACUUCCUGUCAUUCCAAUUCCAAUUCAAAUUCAACUUCCUGUAGGGCGGAGUCAAUUCAAUUCAAAUUCCAAUUCAUGAAUUGAAUGGAGGCCAAUUCUGAAAUUCUGAAUUGUGCACAAGCCUGUGUAGGAAAGAAUAAUACUAUGGAAGUGAAUGGUGCCCCAGAUUAAAAUUGUUCAGAAUAUCUUUCUUUGUGUUCAACAGGGAAAAAAACAAAUUUGAUUGAUUGACAGAAUUUUCAGUGAACUAUCCCUUUAAAGGCCAUCCAUGUACUUUUGUACACUUUUAGCAGAUAUACACAUUUUAAUUUAUUUUAACACAGAUAAUCUUGCACUCACUCAAUUUAUCCUUUCUAGGGUAAGACUGUCAAAUUGUAUUUAUUUUUUGUAAAAAAAAAAUGAUAUCAUAUCAACAUAUAUUUUAUUUUUAAGUUUUUUUAACGUAAACAAUUUCAACUUGUUUUUCUAAGUUAUGUCAACUUAUCACAAGUCAAAACUUUAAAAAGUAUGUUGAAUUGAAUUGUUUAAACUUUUUUUUUUUUUACAGUGAAUGAUGUUCAAGCCCUUUUAAUCUGUCUUUAGCAAAGAUGUGACAGUUUACAGCACAAUUUACUUGUAAAUAAUUUGAAAGCAUAAAUAAGAGGCAUAUAUUAAAUUUGAUAUGUAAUUGAAUUGUUGUAAAUGCAGAUAUGGUAUGUGAGAUAUGACUUGCUAUAUAAAAAAUGUGUCACUUUACCGCUCCAUAUGUGUAACAUCUGUUUAUACAUAAAAACACCUGGUGAAUAUCUUUAUCACCUCUAGUCACCUUUGUGUUUUAUGUGUCAAAACUUGUUCAAAACGCAAAACUGUCUUUUUACCUGCAGUAACGUAUCGGCUUUGUACCAAAAAGCUACAGUGUAGUUAUUACAGUCUUUGCAAUACUCUGACAUGUGCUGAUAUCCAGAUAAUGUGUAAGGAUGUACAGCAAUGUCAGUCAAUAAUGUGUAAACAUGUUUUUUUAAGUCAAUAGUAGAGGAUUUGUUUUAAGCAAAAGAAAUGUGAACUCAUAGCGAUUGCAAGUGAUUGCUGAUGUCAUACACAUCCACACACUUUAACGUCAUACUGACAAUUGUGUCUUUAUAAAAUUGUUCAAAAUCU